UGUUGGAUCAUAAACAAAACAAUAUCUAAUUGUAAGAAGUAUUUUCUUAUCCUGUAUAAUAAUCUAAUGUUAACUAUGGUGUUAACGAAUAUGUACUGUGAUGUAAAUAAGAUAUCGUAUGUAGACGCGUGACCUUAAGAAUGAUAAAAAAAGGAAUAAUCAUAAUCAGCUAGUGUUACAUUUAAAGUUUACAUAUCAAUUGUAUAUAGCGUAUUACCUUACAAUUGAUUACAAUGUUUUGAAGUGCACGCGCCAGUAAAUAUUUGUACCCUUACGCAACGACAGGUGGCGAUAACCUCGAAAAAAUACAACGGUGAUCAUUCGUGGUUGUGUAUGUCUUCUUGUAAGAUCAACCGGAGUACACAAUCUAGAGAACAUGUAUCCAUUGUUCUCGGAUAAUACUUUGUGAUAUGUAAUAAUUGUCCCUUAAAGUGCCUAUUAUUGUUAUAUUUAUUGUUAUUUAAUAUUUAUAAUAAUAUAAUGUUUUUAUUUAAAAACUAAAUUAUUAAAAUUUAACAUUAUUUAUCUUGUUUGUUAAUUAUUGACAAAAUUCAAUUGAAAUGUGUUGACCUAGAAAUAUUUAGAUUUCAUUUAUUCAAAUAUGUCGAAUAUUUAAUGAAGAGGACUUAAUGUUCUUCGACCAUCGAUGGAUCCUGUUUGUGCUAUAAAUAUUAGCAAUGCAUCUACUCACUCAUAUCAACCAUCAUGUAUAUCUGUUUUAAGGAUAUAAGAAACCUUAUUUUUUAUGCUUGAUUAUGCAUUUUUGUUGUUACCGUUGUUAUUUGAAUGUAAUGGAUAUUUCGUGACAGUGCCAUCAAAUACGAAUGAUUAAAGGAAUUUUUUACAAUAAUACAAACUUACGAAAUGGAUAGUUCUGAAUAUGAGAUGGUCAGAAAUAUGACACUUUUAUUCUUCUUUGAACGUUUAAUGGACAAAGGUGGACCACGAACGCUACAUGAUUUAAGUUGUCAAUUUGGAGCUAAAGGAUUUACUAAGGAAAUGCGUCAAAUAGCUGGUGGUUCUCAAAGUGGCCUUAAAAAAUUUUUAUCUCAGCAUCCAUCUCUAUUUAUUAUUAAUGGUGAUUACGUUACUGUUAAUACUUUUCAAUCUAUAAUUGAGGAAGACAAUGGAUCCAAAUUAAGCGGAACUCGUGAUUAUGCAAAAGAAGCGGUAGAAUAUUUUUCUAAUAAAUUGAUGCAGUAUGGAGUAGGAACUGAGGUACCGAUAACUAGCCUACUUGGACAUCGUUCUCAAGCAUCUCCAGAAGUAAGACAUAUUUCUGGUCAACGUUAUAAAGAAUUUAGAGAUUUUCUUUUGAAGUAUCCUAGUACCUUUGUAGUUACGGAAGAUAAUGUAAUGUUAAAACAAUAUGAAGGAAUGAAAGUAAAAUUAUUUGUUGAACUGGAACCCGAUACACCUAUCGAUCCAGAAAUUACCGCUAAAUUGUUACAAUUUUUGGCUCAAUGUAUAGAAGAGAAAGGUCCAAUUUUUAUAGAUCAGUUAUUUAAUUUGGUUAAUGAAAAAUUUUGUCCUGGAAAUUGGACGUCGAUAUUUAAAACAGUAAGAGAUUUAUCAACGUUUAUAAAAAUGUUUCCCGAUACGUUUCACGUUCAAAGCAAUCUUGUAACAUUGUUAGAACGUGGAAAAUCUUCAACGAUGGAAACAGAAACAAAAAAUAAAUCUAUACAAUUGACACGAAAUCGAGGUAAUAAUGUUAAUCGAGUAAAUGCAGUACAACCAAUGACACAAUCGAGUACUACGCAAACAGUAAAUACAGAAAAUGUUGUAUGUAAUAAUAACAUCAACAACAACAUUGAGAAUAAUACACCACAAAAUGCAUCUCCUACACCUGUCGAAUCUAACAAUAACUGCCCUUUAGUAAGUUUACAGCAACAAACGCUUAAACAAAGAAUAAAUACCCUUGUAAUGAAGACGUUAGCCGAUAACACAGAUAAAGAUCGCAGUUUACAAAGUAUUCAAAAAGGUGACGCGUGGAAAUUAAAAGUAUUACAACAAACGAGAGUAAUUGUAAACACUAAAGAAAGUUUACAGAUCGUAGAGGAUAUAAUCAAUCCUCGGAAAGCUCGUGCUGAUAAUAAUGUUAUUUCCUUUGAUUGUGAAGGAAUUAAUUUAGGUGCUAAAGGACAAUUAACUCUUAUACAAAUUGGAACUAUGACUGGACAAGCUUAUGUCUUUGAUUUAUUUACAUGUCCAACACUCAUGCAAGCUGGUGGACUCCAAAAACUUUUAGAAAGUGACAAGGUUAUCAAGGUGAUACAUGACUGUAAAAAUGAUAGCGUUAAUUUAUAUAAUCAAUUUAAUGUAACGCUGAAUAAUGUGUUUGAUACACAGGCUGCACAUGCUGUAAUUCAAUUCCAAGAGACAGGAAAACCGGUAUACAAAGUGAAAAAUGUCAAUUUAAAUAUCUUAUGCGAUCAUUAUGGAGCACAAUCCAAUCCUUUGAAGGAACAAUUAAAAAAUAUUUAUCGUAAGGACCAAAGAUACUGGUCUCGUCGGCCUAUGACUAGAGAUAUGUUGAUUUAUGCUAGUAGUGAUGUUCUCAGUCUUGUACCUCGUGUAUAUCUUUCUACGUCGAGGUUGAUCAAGCCAGAGUUUCAAAGUUUGUUUAAAGAAUUAUGUGAAGAACAAGUUCUAAUGCAUAUUAAACCAUUAGAAGUAAAGGCUCGUAAAAAACAAAGAAAAGUAGAGACUGAAGUAGCAGAUUUAAAAAGAAAAAUGGAAGAGGCAACGUAUAAAAACAUAGUAUUGAGUAACCGAGAAAUUCGUCUUCUUCGUUACUUAGACCUUACAGAGGAAGAAAAGGAGAAAUUAAAGGGUAAUUACAAGGUUGCUAAGAAAUUAGAAAAAUUAGAAAAUAUGGGUCAAGAAAAAGGUGAUAGUAGCGAUGAAGAUGAUGAAGAUAAAAUGGAGGAUACGGAUUAUCAUAGCAUGGAGAGUUAUACUUCGGAGAAUUCGCAUUCUGGUGGAAUAUUGUCACCGAGAAAUUCCGAGACUCCAAGUUUAACCGAAUCUAUGCAAAUGGUCGAUGAAAUCCUAUCGGAUGCACGAAUGGAUAGGUUGGAAAAAAUCGAGAAAUUAGAAGCAAUACUUUCAGCUGUGACAACGUCUUCGAACGAUCAAUUAUCGCCAAAUAGUACAGACAUUUCUCCAAGUGGUUGUAAAUGUCUAAACGGUAAAGUUGAUGAUAGCCCAACGAAAGAAAAUAAGGAAUUUGUUAAUACUGCCUGCCAAACGCUUAGUACAGGUGAUAUCGCGAUAACUAGAGUAUUUGUCACUGAGGAGGAAAAAGAACGAGUAAGAUUACAGAAUUCGCCAAAAAAAUAGAUUUUAAAACGAGCAAACUGCUGCUGCUUUUUUAUAUAAAAUAAAUAAGCAGCUAAAAAUAUAUACG